AUGCACCGACGUGAAGAAAAUGUUUGGAAGCUCUGUGACUACAUCAAAAACCACGACCAGUAUCCUUUAGAAGAGUGUUACGCUGUCUUCAUAUCUAAUGAGAGGAAGAUGAUACCUAUCUGGAAACAGCAGGCGAGACCUGGAGAUGGGCCUGUGAUCUGGGAUUACCAUGUUGUUUUGCUUCAUGUCUCAAGUGGAGGACAGAGCUUCAUUUAUGAUCUUGAUACUGUCUUGCCAUUUCCCUGCCUCUUUGACACUUAUGUGGAGGAUGCCUUUAAGUCAGAUGAUGACAUUCAUCCACAGUUUAGAAGGAAAUUUAGAGUGAUCCGUGCAGAUUCAUAUUUGAAGCACUUUGCUUCUGACCGUUCUCACAUGAAAGAUUCCAGCGGGAACUGGAGAGAGCAGCCCCCACCAUAUCCCUGCAUUGAAACUGGAGAUUCCAAAAUGAACCUGAAUGAUUUUAUCAGCAUGAAUCCUGAGGUAGGAUGGGGAGCUGUCUACACGCUGUCAGAAUUUGUACAUCGGUUUGGCAGUAAAAACUACUGAACUGGACAUCAGGAUCUGGAACCAUGGAGACAUUCUAGAACAGGAACCAUCCAUUCCUCCAUUUAGGAGAGUAAGCAUUAUUGUACAGUUGGUUUGGAAUUAUGUUUUCCUUUUUUUAAUUCAGUUGAGUUAAAUAUGAGUGAACACAAAUAUAACUUAACUAAAUUAAAAAAAAAUUUUUUUUUUUGAUAUGUGGAGCUGGAACUUGGUAUAGCAUGUAAUCGCUGUUCCUAUGAAUCAUUUGUUAAAACAUGUGACGACUGUGCCAGUGGCUGCUCUUGUGAUAGAGGUGUGGACUUGGAGCCAGCUUUUUGUGUCCGUUCUGUGAGUUUCUUAUCUCACCAGCUACACUGUAAGUUCCUUGAGGGCAGGCCUGUGGCCCAUCGCUCUGUGACUCUCUGAUGCCUGUAAAAGGUGCCCAUAAAAUGUUUGUUAGUGACCCUGCUGCUGCUUGAAGAGGGCUAAUACUGUGAGCUGAAUCAGCAAUAAUUAUUAGUCUUUUUGGACUGUUAACGUUCUUAAAAAAGAUUACAACCCUCUCAGGCUUGCGUGUUAUAUGGCAUAUUUAUAUAUGUUCUCAAAUACAAUUGAUAUAAAAAUAAUUUUGUCUUGAAGAUUUUGCUUCACUCUCGAUGAUUUGAAAUACCCAAGAGUGUCUCAAUUGUCAAGGGGAACUGUGGCUUUAAGAUACACGCAUCACAUCUGCCUUCUUGACGAUGUUUUGGAAAUUUGGCUUUAAUUGUAUUAUUCCAAAUAAAAGAUGUUUCGUAUUAAACUGGCAUACAGCACUACCUCUUACUCAUGGUUGCAUGGUUCUACUUGUAAAAAUGAGCAGUUUCUCAUAGCAAGGAUGUCCAAGCUUUAGAUCUUAGAUGAGUUUUCUACGUAUUAAGAAACUUUCAUUUAAUAUGAAUCCUUUGCCUUGUGCUGUGGAGAGUAUAGCAACAAUCAUUUACUCAGGAAUCCAUCCGUCUAAGGAAAUAUUACUUGUCCAGUUGGUUUAGCUGACCAGGAAGAUUCUGGAAGAAAGUGAAUGAACUUUUGGUAAGAAGAAUGCAAGUACCAUCUCUUAAGUUAUUUUAUAAUUUAGAGCUAAAUAUAGAACUU